AUGAUGAUCCUCAGGAAUUGUGCCCUCAUCUUGGCAGCUGUCGCACUUGUAUACACCAAGCCUGUCCAAAAUGUAGAUCUCGCCGCUGUAAAUACCUUCCUUACCAACUUGGCAGCAACUGAUGUCCGAACUGACUCCAUGGUUACAUUGAGCUACCAAAACAUGGCUUCCAAGAAGAAUCCAGAUCAUGACAAUGCCAAGGACCCACUAUUCACAUCUGUUGAUGCAUCUGUCUAUGGAUCUGCUACAUACAUUGUGAUUGCUGAUUUAUUGCCAUUCUUCCAAUUCGAUUGUGACCAACCAAUCCCAACUAGCAACAGCGGCUAUCUUGAUGCAGUUGACAGUUUCCUUACAAACUACAUAAACUCGGAUGCCGUCAAAGCCGCAUGGACAUUCCUCCAAGCUCAAGGAGUUUCUACAAAUGACGCGACUGCUUUCCGUACCCAACUGAAAAACUUGUGGUUUACGCCAUAUGCUAGAAACAGUGUUCUUGGAAGCAACGGAUUUAAGUCAGUUUUUGUCGGAGAGGCUUCUGGAACUGUUAUGAAUCGUUUUGCCAACUGGUUCGGGUUCUACAUCCAAGAGAACUCCAAGACUUUUGACUACCACGGCUGGUUCACCAAGCUUAACGUAAGUGCUUUAUUUCAGUUUGAUUCCUGUCUCGCUUUUACUGACAUUGAGAAAUAG